AAAAAAAAUCCCAAAAACAUCUUUUCCUGAAUCAUUAUCAAUUUUUGAGCAAGAAAAGAAUAACAAAAAUCGAAAAAGCCAUCAUCAAAUUAAUUUUUUCAAAUUCCACUUGAAAAAAAAUGGCUUCACCAAUCGAUUUUGUAUCGGGAUGUGUUGGAGGUGCAGCUGGUGUUAUUAUUGGACAUCCAUUCGAUACUGUUAAAGUGAUUAUGCAAACAAGCAAACAACAUAUAUCGGCAAUGUCUGUCAUACGUAAUUGUUCGAUAUCAUCACUUUAUCAAGGAAUUAAAGCUCCAUUAACAGGAUUGGCAGCCAUAAAUGCUGUUGUAUUCGGUGUAUAUGGAUCGGUAAUGCGUUUCUGUCCCGGAAAAUCCAGAAAACAUGAUCUUAUGUGGAGUGGUUUAGCUGGUUUAUGUGCUGGUAUGACACAAUCAAUUAUAAGUGCACCAAUGGAAUUAGUUAAAACACGUGCACAAUUAAAUUCAAUAACUGAAUGGAAUUGUAUGAAAAGAAUUUUACGAUAUGAAGGUGGUUUACGUGGUUUAUAUCGUGGAUUUGGUAUAACAAUUGCACGUGAUUGUCCAGCAUUUGCAACAUAUUUUUUUACAUAUGAAUGGAUGAUGGGAAAUAUACAAAAAAAUUCAACAACAAAACAAGAACAUCCAUCUACUGUUGAUAUGUUAGUUGCUGGUGGUACAGCAGGUGCAUUAUCAUGGUUAGUAAUCUAUCCAUUGGAUGUAAUCAAAUCACGAAUACAAGCCGAUAAUCGUUAUUUAUCAGUUUCACAUUGUUUACGUGAUACUAUUGAUCGUGAAGGAUUAAAUGUUUUAAUGCGUGGAUGUAGUCCAACAUUAUUACGUGCAUUUCCGGCUAAUGGUGCUACAUUUGUUGUUGUAACAUGGACAUUAUUAGCAUAUGAAAAAUAUGUUAAUCAAUCAUCAUCAACAAAUCAUUUAUUUCGAUCAAGUAAUUCUCGAAAUGUUGAUUCGGCAACUCAAGAAGCAGCAACAAAUGUUGCUACUGUUGCUGCAAAAUCAACAACAACAACAACAAAUAAAAGUGAUAAAUCACCAUUUAUACAGGAAUCAUAAUCAAAAUAAAUCAAAACAAAAAAAAAAAAUUAAAAAAUCUUUUUCUCCUCUUCCAUUCUCUACCGUUUACUUCAAAAUUACCUUCCACUUGUUA